AAUUGUUACAAUUAGAAUAUCGUGUUCAAAUAUUCGUGCGAAUAUUCUUCAGUGAACAUGGGAUUCGGAGUUUUACUUGGUAUAGGUCUGCCUUGGACUCCUUGGAGAGAACCUUUCACGAACUUCAAAUGGAAAGAAGAAACAGCAGAGAAAUUACAAAAGGACAUAAACGGUAUUAAACCUACAAAAGAGUCUGGUUUAAAAAAAUUCAAAGUUCUUACAAUUGGCUCUCAUGGACAUGGGAAGUCUUCCUUGAUAAACACAUUUGCUUCAGUACGUGUUGGCGAGAAAACUACUGUUUGCAAUGCUGCUCCGUCGGACGAAAAUGUUACCACGCAUUACAGAACAUUUGACUUCCUGGGAUAUUUGGAAAAUUGUGUUUUAGGGGAUAUUUGUGGGCCACUACCGACAACUCAAGAUAUUCAGCCCAUGCUAGAUGAUAUCAAAGCUAUUCUUCAAGGAAAUGUUAAAAGCGGAUAUAAGUUUGAUCCAAAGAAAAGUAUUUCCCCUGAAGACGAACAUUUUAGAAAAUCUCCCAAAUUUUCGGACAGGACGCAUUGUGUUACAAUUGUCAUCGAUAGUUUACAGGCGUACGAACUACCAGUAACCUAUGUAUUUAACAUGGAAAGGAUCAGGAAAACCAUAAAUGAAAUGAGCAUAUAUCAUACUGAAAAUAGUUUAGAUGAUUAACGACAAUAAACCAUUAAAGAAACAUUGCAUUUAAUUGUUAAUGGACACCGUAGUUAAUUUUACAUACUUUAUAACAGGCAAUGAAAACUGUGAAAAAUUAAAAUCAUCAUUUAAUAUUUUGCCGUUAACAAUGCUAUGAAUGAUUAAAAAACAUCUGAUAUCAAACUAUUUUCUGCGGCAACAAAAACAAUCAUUUUAAAUUUGCUGAAAAGCAUAUGGUUAAUUAUUUCAUCAAGCUAGUUAUCGAGUGAAAUAUUCUGACAGAAGCAAAAUCUACUUGUUUUCUUGUGUUUGUUUGUUUUUUUCAGAUAUCCCUGUAAUAGUUGUUCUCACAAAGGCAGACCAGCUCUCAGAACAUGUUAAAUAUAGUGUCGCUUCAAUUUUCCGCUGUAAGAAAAUUCAAAAGGCUGUUGACGACACAGAAAGGCAGCUAAAAAUUCCUGCUCCAAAGGUGUUUCCACUUGUCAAUUUUGAAGGAAUGGACCGCUUUUCCUGGAGAGAAUCGAUUCCCAUAUUGAUUGUCUUGAAAUCUUUCCUACGUAUGGCUCAACUGCAUUCACAUAAUGCCGAUGAGGUGAAGAAGGAAUAACUCUAAAAUAUAUUAUAAUCGAAAAGUUUUGAGUUUUUACCUAACAAUGCACAUAAUAAUGUAAUACUUACUUUGAUCAUAAAUUGUUUAUGUAA